GUGUGACGUGUAUGCUGGUUUUUGCUAUUAUUACAGCCGUCCUUGGAAUGUUCCAGUUUGGCUAUAACACUGGAGUUAUCAAUGCUCCACAGAAAAUUAUUGAAGAAUUCAUCUCGGAGAUGUACAGAGAGAGGACAGGGGAAUACAUUACCGAGGAUUUCAAGAGGUUCUUGUGGUCAGUGACAGUGUCCAUCUUUGCUAUAGGGGGUAUGAUCGGAGGCAUAUCAGGGGGAACAGUUGCUAACCAGUUUGGGCGGAAAGGAGGUUUGGUUGUAAACAACAUCAUGGGGAUAUUAGGAGGUGUUCUCAUGGGGCUCAGCAAGACGUCAAACAGCAUCGAGAUGCUCAUAUUUGGACGCCUUUUUAUAGGAAUUAAUUGUGGCCUGAACACUGCCCUAGUGCCAAUGUAUCUUUCGGAGAUUUCACCACUUACAUUAAGAGGUAGAUUAGGUACUCUUAAUCAGCUAGCUUUGACAGUAGGGCUCUUCCUCUCCCAAGUAUUUGGGAUUCAGUUCUUUUUGGGCACUUCCACGGGGUGGCCAUACCUAUUAGGAAUAGCAGUGAUUCCAGCCAUACUUCAACUUUGUUUGUUACCACUUUGUCCUGAAAGUCCCAGAUAUUUGCUCAUUUCUAAACAACAAGAAUCACAUGCAAGGGAGGCCUUACAAAGGUUAAGGAGCUCAAGUCAAAUAGAAGAUGAUAUAGAAGAAAUGAAAGCAGAGGAGCGGGCUCACCAACAUGAAGUAGAGAUAACCAUGUGGCAGCUGAUCAGGAACAAGUCACAUCACCUUCCUUUGUUAAUUGGUAUUGUCAUGCAGUUGUCACAACAAUUCUCAGGCAUCAGUGCAGUGUUCUAUUACUCCACCAACCUCUUCACAGAAGCAGGACUUUCAGAUACAACAUCAAGGUACGUCACCAUUGGAGUUGGAUUUGUUAUGGUUGCCAUGACAUUGGUAUCUAUUCCUCUGAUGGACCAUGCCGGUAGAAGGACAUUACAAAUUUAUGGUCUUGGGGGAAUGUUCAUUUUUAGUAUUUUCAUCACCAUUUCAUUACUUGUUAAGUUCCUUUAUACGUGGGUUACGUACAUAAGUGUUGUGAGUACACUAAGCUUUGUCGUCUUCUUUGCAAUAGGACCAGGCUCAAUCCCUUGGAUGAUUACUGCUGAGCUGUUUUCACAAGGACCACGGCCUGCUGCCAUAAGUAUAACAGUGCUAGUCAAUUGGUUUGCCAACUUUGUUGUCGGCCUGGUCUUUCCAAUGAUGCUGCAUGGUUUUGGAAGCUACACUUUUCUCCCCUUUACUGCACUACUAGCAAUUUUCUGGACGUUUACCUACAAAAUGGUUCCCGAAACCAAGAACAAAACAUUUGAAGAUAUUGAUGCUCUCUUCAGGAGGAAGGAUAUGAGUAAUAUUAAUGGCAUGAAUAUCCCACGGAAAUCUAUACAGUCAGGAGAAUUCAUAUUUGAAGACAAAGCAGUUGAAUCGUGUAAGAUAAUAUUGAAUAUUCCACGGAAAUCUAUACAGUCAGGAGAAUUCAUAUUUGAAGAAAAGACAGUUGAAUCAUGCCCUUUACAUCAUCGUUCUCAAUGCCAAUUAGAAGAACUUUCCCAUAAAAACAAAUUUGUGGAGGUGGCUCCUAACCAUUUAGAGGAUCGACUCUAGUAUAGGCAAGGCAGAUGAAACUCCUGCUAUAAUAACAGAGUCAGGCAGUGGGUUUGUAACAACCUUUAAUUGAAGCACCAUCAUUGACAAAGUUCAUUCUGCUCAGGUAUAUGUUCAAAUAAGAAGUUCACAAGUCAGUGACAGCUGAUUGUACAGUCGUGCCCUCAAGUAGUUUGCCAUUUCAUCUUUUUCAGUUUGUGUAUUUUUAUUGAGACAAGUCAAACAAUAUAAAAAAAAAAGUUUGAGUAUAAUUACCCAAAAUCAUAAUUUAACAAUGGAAAAAUAGGCCAUUUCAGAUAUAUUUUUCUUAACAGAGAAAUCUGAAGGAAACUCAGAAACUAUGGAAAGUUGGUUGGCUUUUCAACUACCUAUGUCAGUUCAUAUUCAUGUGUGACACUCAUGUUUUUAGAGUUCAUAUUAUCAUAACAGGCUGAUACAACUAAUGAAAUAAAAGAAAUGGCUCUUAUCCAUCCAGUUUUGUUGCAGAUCUGCUGGUAUCAGUUUCCUUUGUCAUUUUAUUGUCAAAUAUUUGGACUAGUUAAGUGACCUCUAACCUGCCAGGGCAGUCAAGUGACCAAGCUAUGCAGCUAUCUUUUCACUCUUCAACAAGGGUUAAGACAUUGUGAAAAAUAAGAUUUUUCAGGUUUCUGUAUAUCCACCAUUAGACUAGUGGAAUGCCAGCCUUUUGGGAACCUUACAUCACCUUACACUAAAUCUAUCAGAACGAGUUUUUCUAAAGUGAAGUUGCCUUUUAUAAUUUUAAUGUGUUUUUGUGUAAAAAAUAUAAAAAGAUUUCCAGGUGCCCCGUGACAAAGUGUUCAUUGAAUAUCAUUAUACCCAGUUUACUUACUUUCAGAUCCCUGAAAAACAACAACAUUGGACUGCAUGUUCUGUCCAGUUGUAAUGUCAGAGUUAGUUGUAAGUUAAGUAAAAGCAUAAAUUUGUGGAUUUUUAUUUUAAGAUCUUUCUAGAAACAAAUCUACAAAAUGUUAAAUAUUUAUGCACAAAGGAAGAUGGAAUAAGUUGAUCAUAACAGUAAAUGAUUCAUCUAAUUAGGAAGGAUAUUUUAAUACUUUGAUCUUUCAUCUAAUUAGGAAAGAUAUUGUAAUACUUUGAUCUUUCAUCUAAUUAGGAAGGAUAUUGUAAUACUUUGAUCUUUCAUCUAAUUAGGAAGGAUAUUGUAAUACUUUGAUCUUUCAUAUAAUUAGGAAGGAUAUUGUAAUACUUUGAUCUUUCAUCUAAUUAGGAAAGAUAUUGUACUACUUUAAUCUCUCAUCUAAUUAGGAAGGAUAUUGUAAUACUUUGAUCUUUCAUAUAAUUAGGAAGGAUAUUGUAAUACUUUGAUCUUUCAUAUAAUUAGGAGGGAUAUUGUAAUACUUUGAUCUUUCAUAUAAUUAGGAAGGAUAUUGUAAUACUUUGAUCUUUCAUCUAAUUCAAUUUAAAAAUAUUUCUUAAGAGUGCUUGACCUUCAUUUGGUUAGCUAUUUUAGAAUUCUCAAAACCAGUUGGGUAGCUUUUAAUAUUGUUUUUUUUUAUCUAGAUUAAAAUAAAACCUCACAAUUCUCAAGCUUCUGUUGGAACUAAAUGUUAUUUAUGGAUUGUUAUGAAAGAAAACAGUCUCUUUUUGUAAGGAUGUUUUCUAUUUUGUUAAAUAAUUGUCUACUGUAAAACCAAAUACUGAUUAAUUAGUCUGUAAGAGCUUUACUAACAUAUUUUUGGUGCCAAAUGUUCUAUAAACAGGGAUAAACUUUCUCCUAUAUUAUUGUAGAUGCUAGGUAAAAAUGUAAGUUAGCAAUCUGUAAAUAAAAUGUACAGUCUGUAUACUAGUCUUCUUGUACUUGUUAACUUUGCUCAAAAGGAUGUAACAAGAGAAAUUAUUUGAUACAGUGUAAUAUUCGGGUUUUCUAAAGAAUAAUCAGACAAAGGUUUAUGGGUUUAUGAAAUGUUUAAGUGUGAAUUUUUCCAAACUUGAAAUCUUACAUAAUGUGUUUAAAAUGUAGUUCACAACAUGCAAAACCAGUUCUUGUUAUCCUCAUAAUAAUUAAUUAAAAACCCAACAGAUGGCUUCUCAUCUUAGAGUAAAUAGACAAAAUAUAUAUAUAUUGUUGGACUAAAGAGACAUAUACUUGUUUCUUCCUUGAAUUAUUUCAAUAAAAAGUACAAAUUUAGUACUUGAAUUAUUAUUUUAUAUUGGUUAACGGCAUAGUAUUGUGUACGUUAAGUUUCAAAAGGCUUACAAGUGUUAAGCAUUGGAAAAUAUGAAUAUUUUCUGUGUAUGUGCAAUAGUUUGCCUACUUUAAUGGUUCAAGGCUUUCGAACUGGCAGACAGUCUACACUGAUACUCCAGUCACAAGGUUUUUCUACAAGAUAUGAAUGUUGUUGAACCUAGAAUGUAUUCAUGUUUUUCUUUUCAGUAAAUAGAUGAAAUCUUGCUUAUCCUACAGUGAACUGUUGUAAAGGAUAGCCAGCCAAUCUCUGUUCGAGUGUUUAUAUAAUGGCUCACAUGUUUAAGUAACUAUGGUACAGUUUUAGGCAAAUUUUGUAAGCCAACAUAUAACAGAACCCAUCUUUCUUCUUGUUCAUUGGUGUCUUACGUAAACUGUAAAAUAUUCAUAUUACUCUUAACUGUACAUCAAGAGUGAGAUGGUAAAUGAGCUUUAACAGUUAUUUAUAUUAUUUUACCAGUGGGUAGGUGAUAGUUUGGAAUACUUACAUGACAGCUGGACAAAGCUGUACUUUGGACCCAGGGGGGAAGUUAAGAGGCUCAAGUAUAACACUUUAUAAGAAAAAAGCUAAAUUAUAUAUAUAAAAUAAGUUAUUUACGUUAUAAAACCUUCACGUGUUACCUAUUUGAGUAGAUGUUAGAGAUUUCGUAAUAAAGCAAAAAGCGUUUGUUUGUUAUUAAGCACAAAGAGUCAUUUGUAAAUUGUCAAUUGAAAGUUGUAAUAGAAUAUCAAACAAUCAAACCUAAAGCCAAGAAUAUAAGAUAACAAUAGUACAGGAGGUCUAUUAGAACCUGACCCUCCCAGGUCGCAAAAUACCUAAAUUCCGAUGAUUGAUCCAGCAGGUAACCAGCCUGUAGUAUAGCUUUGCGCUAACACACACACACAAACAGUUAAAUUACUUGGGGUGAUAACCUUUGAUUUAUUAAACGCGUGAAAAAAAACCGCAUUGCACACAUUCCGUGAGUUUUUAAAAUUGUCUGAAUCAUGUGCAAACUUCAUGAACAGAACUUUUACUUCUCAAUGUGCCUCUGAGGAACUUUAAUUCAACUAGGACCACAGUAAGACCGUAGACAACUUCA